CGCUGGCGCCAAGUUUGCCAGCCGCCUGCACGAGCACCUCCGCGACAAGGCACCAACAAUAGCACAUUAAAUUUAGGCAGUGUACAAAGAGAGAGCACUCGGGGAGCCAUGGUGCUCUACUUAAUCGGGCUUGGGCUCUUCAACGAGCAGGACAUUACGCUCCGCGGCCUGGAGGCCCUGCGGCGCUGCAGCCGUGUCUACCUGGAGGCCUACACCAGCAUCCUGCUGUGCAACAAGGAUAAGCUGGAGAAGCUGUACGGCAAGGAGGUCAUCAUUGCGGACCGCGAGAUGGUGGAGUCGCGUGCGGAGGAGAUCCUGGAGGGCGCUGAUAGCGGUGACGUGGCGUUCUGUGUGGUGGGCGACCCCUUUGGCGCCACCACUCACACGGACCUGCAACUGCGGGCUCGCGAGCGCGGCCUGACUGUGCGGGUGGUGCACAACGCCUCCGUGAUGAACGCUGUGGGGGCGUGCGGCCUCAGCCUCUACCGCUUCGGCGAGGCCGUGUCCAUUGUGUUUUUCACGGACAGCUGGCGUCCUGACUCCUUCUACGACAAGAUACUGGCCAACCGCAAGAUGGGUCUGCACACGCUGUGCCUGCUGGACAUCAAGGUCAAGGAGCCCGACCUGGCGGCGCUGGCUCGCGGCCGCACUGUGUACGAGCCACCCCGCUACAUGAGCAUCAAGACGGCCAUUGAGCAGCUGUUGGAGGUGGAGGCGGCACGUGGCGGCGGCGCAUACGGCCCAGACAGCCUGGCGGUGGGGAUAGCGCGGCUGCAGGCUGACGACCAGCAGAUUGUGGCGGGCACCCUGGCGCAGCUGCUGGAGGUGGACUUUGGGCUGCCGCUGCACAGCCUUGUCCUGGCGGGUGAGGUGCACGUGACCGAGCAGGAGAUGCUGCAGCACUACCGGGCGGGCCGUGGGCCGGGGGCGGUCACGGAGCCAGUGCCGGGGCUGGGCAGCUCCGAGAACACGGGGCAGGCGGCGGCGGCCGGGGCGGGGGCAGGGAGGUGAGGUGGAGGGGCGUGGCUUGGGGUGGGGUGGCGUGGGUGAGGUGAGGUGAGGUGAGAUUAGGUGGGGUGGGGUGAGGUGGGGCUGGUGGUGCUGGUGGGCUGGUGUAAGCGAUGGGACAGGGUAAGGGGCAGGUUGGCGUAGUCCCAUUGUGCGCAGCGUAUUUCCAGACCCCACCGGUGGGCGCGACGGGAAGGCGUGGAGGGCGGGGUGGGGUGGGGUGAUGGCGGGUGAGGAGGUGGGGAGGUCUGGAGGCUGCGGGGGCGGUGCAGUUGGUGGUGGCGGUAAAGAGUCAGGCAGGGAGGCUCGCAGGCCCCAAGCAGUGGUCAGGGGCAGGGACUGAGGGGCAGGACCGAGGGACACGGGUACGUGCAGGUGGUGUGCACGGACAGAAGGACGACCGGGCUGUGUGGCAAGGCCUGCAUGUGUGGAAUUGUGUGGCUGUAGCUCCAAGAAGCGUUGCAUAGUGCAGAGCGGGUCAGCGGGGGACUUCCAGUCUACCACACUGGGCCCUCACGGGCGGGCGUCGGACGGCGGAUGUAAGGACGAGUAACAGCAGGCCCGGAAUGUGAAGGCCUGCAGCGCCGGCAGGAUACACCGGCAGCAAAAGCCGAAGCAAGACUGCGAGAAUGGCAUACUGUGCAUAACGCUUAAGCCGGGAGAGGAUGCAGCCACAGGGCUUGUAUCUUCCAGGGCUAGGCCGACGCCGCUGGCGAGAAGCCGAGAAGGACCCUAACCAAGUUCUCGGCCAGGGCAUCCAGGGGCCCAACAAUGCCUAGUUUUUAGCGUUUGGGUUAGUUGGUAAAAGGGGUAGUUGGUGGGAUUCGUUGACCGUACCGUAUGCAGCCCCACGCGGCGAGAAUGCACCCCAGGGAAUGCCCAAUCUUCUCGCCCAUGGCCUACAUUGGAGGCAAUUUCUUGCUGCUCCCGAAGAUGCAAGGGGUGAAGACAGGGGGGGUAGUCCGUGCAGAUGGAUGGGAGCGGACACUUCAGAUGCAGAUGGGGUAGCGGGGGAGCCGUAAAAGGCAGAUGAGCCGAGUGCGGACUGUUGCAGGGGGAGAUUGAGGCGUCAAACGAAUGCGCCCGCGAGGGCAGCGCAAGUCCUAGUAAACAAAGAGUAAAUGGUUCAAGGCACGGGGGAGGCCGCGUCAGGAUCGUGGCGCUGGGUAUGGCGCAGGGUGCAGCAGAGCGCACUGCCUGUGGAUGAGAUACACGCUCGAUUAUGCGUCGGAGCCCAUGUGCACGUGUGCAAUGGUGGCAUACGGACCUGCUGACCGCGAGCGGAGGAGGAUAAGGGUGUAGCUCUGCAAGCAAUGGACUGAUCAGGGGAGCUGCGUACCAAGGGGAACGUACCAAGUCUGUCCGGUUGUGGAGCUGUCGGCGCAUUUCAAUUUUCUUC